AUGUCGGCCAAGGCAUUCAUCGCAGCGCUUCAGCGGUUCAUAAGUCGUCGUGGAAUUGUACACCAGCUUCAUUCAGAUAACGGCACCAAUUUUCGUGGUGCCUACCAAGAGUUAAACCACCUGUAUCAGAUGUUUAAGCAAGAACAAGAAACCCACCAGAUUGCAUCGUUCUGCCUGUCCAAAGGAAUCGAAUGGCAUUUUAUUCCGGCAGAUGCUCCUGAGUUUGGAGGUAUAUGGGAAGCUGCUGUGAAGUGUAUGAAGAGUCACCUGAAGCGAAUAGUUGGAAUUACGCUUUUGAACUUCGAGCAAUAUGUAACUAUUCUAGCGGAAAUUGAGGCGAUCCUGAACUCCCGUCCGCUUUUUACGACAUCAGCACCGGAUAACUUUGAAGUAAUUACCCCUGCUCAUUACGUCAUCGGUCGUCCACUCACCGCAAUUCCAGAGCCCUCGUACGAAAAUCUUCAAUCAAGCCGUUUGGAUAAGUGGCAGCACCUACAGAGCUUGCGAAACCACUUUUGGAAGGCCUGGUCUCGUGACUACCUGAGCAGCUUACAACCAGCUUACAACCUCGAAAAAAGAAUCAGAAACUUAAAGCAAACGUUAUCCCUGGAAUGGUUGUCCUGA